AAGUCUAACUUUAAUUGUUAGCCUCUGAGCUGCUGUACUAAUAACACAACAAUUUUCAAUGUGAAAGUGCAGUGUGUAUUCAUGCUGCAAUGAUGCUGGACUUCUAAUUUUAUCGUUGCAAUUACUCUCUCUUGCUUGUCUACAGAUAUUAUGAUUAGAGAACCAAAAUCUGAGGAUUUAAGGGACUGAUGACAAGCAAAGCCAAGGGCAGGAAAAUCUACCGCACCUCAACCAUCACCAGACUCGUUACAGAUACCAUAGCAGAAUGGCUCCAACCACCCGUACCCAGAAGGAGAAGAAAGCGCCCUCUUCUGUGCCUUGCGAGGUCUUCUUUGCUUGCACCCGCUGCGGCUCAAGAUCACGAACGGUUCCUCAGCUUCACACUCAUUACCGCACAGUGCACAAGGAAGAGAUAGCCAACGGACGCAUCGUGUCCAAAGACCCUGAGGCGGACGCGAGCCAUGAUAAGGCAGAGACAGAUGAGUCGAGUCCCUCAGAGCAACGGAGAAGUCAGAGAACUCGUAGUAAAAUGAAAGAUGUUUCUCAAGAGCAGAAAGAAAUCUCUUCAAAAAAGGGCUCGAAGGAGAAGAGCGAAGACGCAUCGGACAUUGUCUACGUCGAAGGGAGCAAAACAGCUGCAAAGCCGAAGCCGUCGGGUCCGGUCCUCAAUCAUCCAGAGAAGGACUGCGUCAUAACGAGGAAACGAAACGUUCCGCUUGGAAUGUUGGAAGGCAAGAAGAACUCACUGAUGGUGAUCUUCCAGCAUUCAGAUCAGAACAAACCCCUCCCCGAGGGAUCAUCGUUCAAGCUACGCAACGUUGGAGGCGAGCAGACGUACUUGGUCGUCGCUAACGUCGAUGUUGACAUUAUCGAACAGGGGAAACCAGCUAAGAAAGCAAAGACUGGGAAGUGAGGUGAACUCAAGACCUUUGUACCUAGAGAGAAC